ACCCUACCUAAAUCUUCUUCUUCCUCAGCCAAAUCAUUCGAAAUUUAGAAAUUUGGAUUUAGGAUUUUGAUCCCUGAGUCAUGCCGUGAUGUUGGGAACAAGCUUGAUUCUGAUCUCUCUGAUUCUGGUGUAGUUAGUACUGUGAUGGUUAAUGGAGGAAAGUCUAAAGGUAAAAAUUCUGAGAGUAAUAAGAAGAUGAAGAGACAUAAGCUUGAAGCUGCCCACGAAAUUCCCGAGGAUGAUGAGGUUGAGAAAUCGACUGAACCAAAAACUGGAGAAACAUCUAGCAAUUUGGUUCUGGAUAAGCUUCUUCGUGGAGCAAGAUACUUUGACCCUCUUAAUGCUGGUUGGGUGACUUGUUAUAGCUGUGGUGAGCAAGGUCAUAUAACUGUCAAUUGUCCAACUCCUACCAAGCGUAGAAAGCCUUGCUUUAUAUGUGGGAGUUUGGAACAUGGUGCAAAGCAGUGUUCUAAGGGACAUGAUUGUUAUAUAUGCAAUAAAGGUGGACAUCGAGCUAAAGAUUGUCCGGAUAAGCACAAUAGUGGGUCUAAAGGAGCUGUGUGUUUAAGAUGUGGAGACUUUGGUCAUGACAUGAUUUUGUGCAAGUAUGAGUACUCUAAGGAAGAUUUAAAGGAUAUACAAUGCUAUGUCUGUAAAAGCUUUGGCCAUCUAUGCUGUGUCGAACCCGAUAAUUCACCGUCCUGGGCUGUAUCUUGCUACAGAUGUGGUCAACUGGGUCAUACUGGACUGGCAUGUGGUAGACACCAUGAUGAAAGCAACGAAAAUGAUUUUUUCAGUCCAUCAUGCUCUAAGUUUGGGGGAGGACGGCAUUUUAAGCGUGACUGCCCCAAUUCUUCUAGCGUACGCUUUUCAGAAAACUGUAGCGAAGAAGGGAAUUUCUCAGGUGAAUGCCUGAAUUCAUCGAGCAUAAACACUUCACAGGGCAGAGACUCACCGAGUGUAUGCUACAAAAGUAAAGGAGCUGGACAUUUUGCUCGUGAAUGUCCCAAAUCCAAUUCCUCCCAGGAUAAAUUGGAUAUAUAUCUAACAAGAAACUUCCACUUAAUGCAGUGCAUCGACCAAUUACUAAGUGAAUGAUUUAACUGACAAUAUUAAGUCUUUCUUCAAUUUUACGAUGAGUCUUCUUAUUACUUUCUCUUUUGCAGAUUUGAUUUACAACUAAAUAUAUGUUCUAAGAUUAAAUAUCAAAUAAAUUGUUUGUAAACACGGGUCCGAUACUGGUAUCAUAUGAGCCUUGUUGGAAUUCAAUUUGUUUAAAGUUGAGUUAAUAAUAGUUGAAUUGAGUAUA